AUGUAUAGGAACACAUCCACCGCUUUUAUUGGAGUUUUAUUUUCUACUUCUUCUUUCUAUUUUUUGGAUAGCUUGGUAAUCGAGCACCGUAAAAUCUCCAAACCAAGCUGAAUUCCGAACUCCGAUACGAGCGAUUAACACUAAAUUAAACCCAUCCAUUAUUUUUCAAUCAAUAACUAUUUAUAAUCACAUCAAAACCGAUAUCCAAAACGACAGAAACCCUGAAGCAGUGAAUUAGGGUUUUGGAUCAGAAUGUCGACGGGCGGGGCCAAGGACGGUGAGUUGCAGGUAGUAGCAGCGCCUGAGAAGACAAAACCGGCGCUCCCUCCGCUUCCACUUGCGGCAAGGACGGGAUCGACGGCGUUGGUGGAGUACACGGCGCCAGUACUCAAAGAAGAGGAGGAGGACCUAGAGGUGAAGCUUCGAAGAAUACUUGAGAAUGUGCCAGUUCGAGUUAGUAAUACCUCCGGUAGUUCCGCGGGUUCUGGUUCCGGUGAUUUUCACCAGUAUCGGCAAAUGAGACGGAGAGAGCAAGACAGGCUUGCAAGGAUGGAUGCUGAUUACCAGAGAAGGAAAGAGUUAGCUGAAUUUACUAUGAGAAGAGAGGAAAGGAUGAAGGCUGCAGAGGAACAAACAGAGAAAAAGCGUUUGAAAAGGCAGAGGAAAAAGCAAAGGAAAAAAGAGAAGAAGAUGAAACCAAAUGCUGGUGGAGAAGAGUGCCGGAGAGAAGAUGACGAGGACUCUGAUGAUGAUGGCGAUGAAACAGGAAACUAAACAGGCUGUUACCUUAUCGUUUUAGUCCAAGCUUAGGUUCAAGCUUGAUUCCUGCCGGAAUCUUUAGGCAAUGACCUCAAUCAGCUUUCUAGUUGUUAUGCUCGAACUUCCUAAUUAUUCAAGUCAGAUUCCCUUGUUUGUAACCGGUGAAGUAGUGCCUCUCCAUAGAGAGAUGGAACUGGACAAGGAAAGAGUCAACUUUGAUUGAUGCAUCCUGAAGGGCAGCCUGAUGGCCUCGUCUUGUUGAUUGUAUUCCAUCAUCAGAGUGCCGGUUAAAACAUAUAAGAUGAAAUUUCAUCAUUGCCAAGCAGGUUUUUUAUUGUAAA